GACCUUGGCGAGGAGCGGCGUCGCGGCUCGGCCUUCUCCGUGAGGACCGACUCGGGGGCUUGGGGCCAGCAAUUGGCGGGUGGGCAGGAAUGACCCCGCCGGCCCCGGCUUCCCUGAGGGGCCCAGGAUGGGGCGCCGAGCUCAACAGGAGUCCGCUCAAGCCGAGAACCAUCUCGGUGGCAAGACGGCCUCUUCCCCUCUGACUGCAGAGACUCCCCCUCCCAAACCUCCCCGCCGGCAAGGAGGCUGGGCCGACUACUCCAUGAAGGCUUUCAAGUUGGGAAGGAAGGCUUCUGAAGAAAUAGAAGAUCACCGCCUCAGACAGCAGAGCCUGGUUGGAUCAGAUGAUGGAGGAGAUAUUCCUGUUAUUCCAGACCUAGAAGAGGUACAGGAGGAAGACUUCGUUUUGCAGGUGGCAGCCCCUCCCAGCAUCCAGGUAAACCGGGUGAUGACUUACCGUGACCUGGACAAUGACCUCAUGAAGUAUGCAGCCUUCCAGACCUUGGAUGGAGAGAUUGACCUGAAGCUCCUCACCAAAGUCCUGGCGCCGGAGCACGAGGUGCGAGAGGACGAUGUCAGCUGGGACUGGGACCGUCUGUACGCAGAGGUGUCCUCAGAGCUCCUCAGUGAGUGGGACCUGCUGCACGCGGACAAGGAGGACCCCGGGGGACCGUCCGCACACACCUGAGCUCCGGGGGUCAGCAGACGCUCUCCUGCAGGCGGUCACCUCUGCCAUAAACCUAAAACGAAAGAAGCUUGCCAGCAGCUUAGAAUUUUUAUAUGGACCAUUUUGUAAUAAAAAUAACUAUUUUCA